AUGACCUACACCAGGGCCGUCCACCCUUAUGCCCGUGGACCAAAAGUGGCCCAAGUUGCAGUGGAAGAAGAAUUUUACACAACCUUGCCACAGGCAGAUUUCCUGUGUAAUAAGCAUAACAAGACACAGCUGAUCAAUAAGCUGAGGGAAUACCUCCAAUCUGCUGGUAUUAAGUUUAUAGUUGCCAAUGAUGAUGCAGAUAAGUUCAUUGUCCAAAUUUCUUGGUCAUUAGAAGACACUGGACAUAAUGCCAAGGAGGAGGAGGAGGAGGAGCAGGAGGAGGAGGAGGAGCAGGAGGAGCAGGAGGAGGAGCAGGAGGAGGAGCAGGAGGUGGAGGAGGAGGAGAAGGAGGAGGAGCAGGAGGAGGAGCAGGAGGAGGAGCAGGAGGAUAGAAUAUAA